GGCAGAUGAAGCUGAUGCAGAGAUCGGACACAUCCCUGCCCGUUAUACGGAGUGAGGCAGCGGCUGGUGGAGUUGCGGGCAGUACAACGGGAGCGGCGCCCUAUAUCUACUACUGCAGCAAUGGAGCCGGGAGGGCCCGCAGGGGCCACAGCCCCUCCCCCGGCUCCGGAGAAGAAGAAGAUGAAUCGGGCUCCUUCCCCGGCCCGACCCAAGGAGCUCAGCGGCUGGUCUCUGUCUAAAACCCGCAGGAGCUCCCCGGCCUCCCUGUCCGUCCUGCCUCCCGGGCCCCGCCGUCCGCUCCCAUCCCCGGGUACCAAGAAACAACCGGGGGCACGGCCGGGGGGCAAAUCCAAGUCUCUUGGGGGGGCCCCGGGGCCCCGGACUGACAGCAGCUCGGAGGGUUCCUGCGCUUCGGAAGAGAGCAGCGGGACCAGCCGGGGGGCCAGCAGCGAGGAAGGCGGCGGGGGGUCGGGAACCUCCAGCCGGAUGCAAUGCAGCACCUCCAUGGCCUUCUCCGACCUGACCGAGGACUUGUUGGACGGGGGCACCGAGGGGCUCCUACGGGAGAUGGACGAAUUGCGCUCGGAAAAUGAUUAUCUGAAGGAUGAAAUAGAAGAACUGAGGUCAGAAAUGCUUGAGAUGAGGGACGUCUACAUGGAGGAAGAUGUUUACCAGCUACAGGAGCUCCGACAGCAGUUAGAGCAGGUCCACAAGACUUGCCGUAUCCUCCAGUACCGGCUGAAGAAAGCUGAGCGCAGGGGGCUGAGGGUGGCACAGACGGGACAGGUGGACAGCGAGCUCAUCUCCACUUUAGAACAAGAUGUAAAGGUGGCUAAAGACGUCUCUGUGCGGCUCCACAGUGAGCUGGAAGCAGUGGAGAAGAAGAGAAUAAAGCUGGAGGACGAGAACGAAGAGCUGCGCCAGCGUCUCAUAGAGACAGACUUGGCCAAGCAAGUCCUCCAGAACGAGAUGGAGAAAAUGAAAGAGAACUCCCUGAAAAAGAGGCGGUCAUCUGGGAGAAUUGACAAGAAGCCAUCUCUGCAGGAGGACAGCGCUGAUCUAAAAUGCCAGCUGCACUUCGCUAAAGAAGAGUCUGCUUUAAUGUGUAAAAAGCUGACAAAAUUAGCAAAAGACAAUGACAAUAUGAAAGAAGAUCUGACGAAGUACAGGUCGAUGUAUGGUGACAUGGACAGUUCAUUGUCUGUCGAGGAGUUGGCCAACUCACCACAUUCCAGAGAGGCAGAGCUGAAGGUCCACCUCAAGCUGGUGGAAGAAGAAGCCAACCUCUUAAGCCGAAGGAUAGUAGAGCUUGAGGUUGAAAACAGGGGCCUGAGGGCCGAGAUGGAUGAGAUGAAAAUACACCAUGACCGUGAACUACUUAGCCAAGAUGGCAGAUUUGCUUUUCCACCUGGAGAAUCUGGGGACAAUUUUGUGGAACUUAGGAGGCAUCUGCAGUUUGUAGAGGAAGAGGCUGAGCUCCUCAGGAGAUCAAUGAUGGAGUUAGAGGACCAAAACAAGCUACUUAUGAAUGAACUGAAUAAAUAUAAGUCUGAUCAUGACCUAGACAUCACUUUGUCAGAGGACAGCUGCUCUGUCAUUAGUGAACCCUCUCAAGAGGAACUUACAACUGCUAAGAUGCAGAUCAGUGAACUUAGUGGGAAGGUCAAGAAACUCCAGUAUGAGAACCGAGUGCUCCUUUCAAACCUUCAGCGUUAUGACUUGGCAUCCUGCCAGGCCACGAGGCCUUUAAUGGAGACUGACGCAGAGGCAGGAGACUCUGCCCAAUGUGUCCCAUCCCCUCUUUGGCGAGAAGGACCUAUUGGAGGAGAAACAGAUGCUGCAGACUCCAAGGAACAGGAAGGCAAAGGCAACACUAGGUCUCCCAACGUUAGUCACUCUUCUCCAUCCAAGUUAAUAAAGGUGAAGGAACUAGAAACCCUUCUUGGCAUCACGACACAGGCUGGUUUAAUAAGCAAAGCUAUUGAAGUCUUGAAGUCAGAUUACAAUGGAUUCCCAUCAGGCGUGAAACUGCGCACGGAUAACGAUUGUGGGGACCUUCUGUUAACGGAGGCAAUUGAUAACAGUGAGAUGACCAGUGACUCUAAGCUGAUCGGUGCCAUUUUUUCAAGACUUGCGGUGCUGCAGCAAGAGCUGAAUUGCUUUACAAAAAAGGUGGAUGCACUAGGGGCCUGUUGCAAAGAGCAGAUGGAUUCUUCAGCAUCACUGCCAGAAGCAGCAUCUACUGAUACCUCAAAAGACUCUUCCAGGAAGGAGCACUGUUCCAACGUGCAGCAGCCUGAGUGUAGGAACUUGCGCCAGAAGGAGGAGCCUUGUACAGAGAAACAAGAUGGCGACCAUAAUUGUGACCAGACCAGAAGCUACAAGACCUACCAGCCUGAGGAUAACGAUUCCUAUGCAGCGGAAAUUAAGGACCUGCAGUUGGUACUUUCAGAAGCCAAUGAGAGCAUCCAAGGACUCCAGGAGCAGCUUUCGCAGGAGAGAGAGCUCCGUAAGGAGGAUAAAAUGGCCUACAACCAGAAGAUUGCCCAGUUGAAGGAAGACCAGGAGAAACUGCUCUUGCGACGUGAGUUUGAGCUGCAGAGCCUGGGCCUCCAGAGGAGGCUGGAGCAGAAGUUCUGGAGCCAAGAGAAGAAUGUGCUGGUGCAGGAGACCCACCAGUUUAAGCAGAACUUCCUGCUGCUCUUCAUGAAGUUGAAGUGGUACCUACAGCACUGGCGCCAAGGAAAAGCCCUGCCGAGAGAUGGGGACUUCUUAGAGGUAAACAGUGUGAAAGAGCUGUAUAUGCUGAUUGAAGAAGAAGAGUUAAAUCCCCCAAUCUCUGAUUACAAGGUGUCCGAUGGUGAAAGCUGGCCCCAGAAUGUGGCCAGAGAAUCCAUGAAAACCAUAUCUGACAUUAAAGGGACCCUGAAAGACCUUUGUAACGAGUUACAAGAAGAGAGGAGAGGGAUGAACGAGCUUCAGCAACAGUUUGCCAAGGCAAAAGCAGCAUGGGAGAUGGAGAGGAUGGAAUUCAAGCUGGAUUCCGGAAAGCAUGGUGUUGACCGCGCAUCUUCAGAUCUCAAAUCCGCCCUGAAGCGAGAGAGGGAGGAGCACCAGCACCUCCUUGCCGAGUCCUACAGUGCAGUCAUGGACCUCACCAAGCAGCUUCAGGUCAACGAGAAAAACUGGGCCCAAGAAAAAGAGGAGCUCCUCAAUCGGUUCCAAGAUGAACGCAAACUUGCCGACCAGCAGAUGCGGGAGCUGCAGAAGAAACUUAAACAGAAGGAAGCAGAUUCCUGGGUGAAAAAAGAACCUGAGAGGAGGAGCAGCUGCUGGAAAGAGGCUGUCAGCAAUAAACUUCAGGACAAAGACAUUGACUGUGACUGUGACUGUGACUCCGAUGCCAGUGUGACCAGCUUAAAAAGGACCAAAUCUGUAUCUUCCAUGUCAGAGUUUGAAAGUUUACUCGAUUGUUCCCCCUUUCUGCACGACAACACAUCCUCUGCUAAUGGCGAAAAUGCCAAUGAGAGGAGAGGUCUACCAGCUUCUACACUCUUGGUCAACGGUUCUAAAAACUCAGAAAAACAUUGUUCAUAUGAGGGUAAUGACAAUUCCCUGGCCGGACAUCUUCCCAAGGGUAACCUGGUGAUCUCAUCCUGGGAUUAUACGAUGGCCAAGGCUGAUAAUCGUGUGGAUGGGCAGAAGCACAUACAGAGAAGCUACACGGCGCCAGACAAGACAGGCAUUCGGAUUUAUUAUAGCCCACCAGUGGUUCGGAGGCUCGAUGUGCCUUUGGUCCAAAAUAAAGAGGAUAAACUCAUGGUAGAAACGGGAUUCCUGUUUACCAUGGCCAAACCAAAAGAAUCAGAAAAAUCAGACGGGUUAUCUGGGAAUUCGUAUAGCCGCUGGCUUUGUAAUUUCUCCAAAAAGCAGCGGGAUUUGUUGGAUGGCGAUUCAGUAAAAGACUCUUCUUCUGUCCCAGGGUUUCCAUCUUCCCUCGGGGAUUUGGAGAUUUCUGGUAACAUGAGCGAUGAUAUGAAAGAAAUCACAAAUUGUGUUCGACAGGCGAUUCGCUCUAGCUCCUUAGAAAGGAAACCAAAGAGUACAGCAAGUCAGACUGUUGGGCUGUCCAGUGUUGGUGUUCAGACUGUUCAGAUGGUUAGUGUUGGUCUUCAAACCGAUCCCACUAGAUCAAGCCUAACAUCAAAAAGCUGGUCACCAAGGAGUUCUUCUCUGCUGUCUACUAGGACCAAACACAUUUCAACAUCUUUGGACAAAGUUCAUUCAAGAAUAGAUCGGCCUUGCUGCUCUCCCAAGUAUGGGUCCCCUAAGCUCCAGAGAAGGUUAUCUUCCAAACUAGAUGGGUCCAAGGAUCGGAGCUUGUGGAAUCUGCACCAGAAUAAACAAAACGGUUCAGCUUGGGCAAGAUCGACAACAACUCGGGACAGCCCUGUCCUCAGUAACAUCAACGAUGGAUCAUCUAGUUUGUUCAACGUGGUUGAUCAUGCUGGAAGUACUGAAUCUAUCUGCAGAUUGGGCCUCGGAGAAAGCAGAAGCAAAUCUGAUACUCCUAAGUACGGUAUUGUGCAGGAGUUCUUUAGGAAUGUGUGUGGCCGAACAUCCCAAAGCUCCAGUGCUGUGUCUGAGAAGAAAGAAGCAGAAGACUGCAACAAACGACCUGAUAACCAUGACCACUGUUCUUCUGUUUGUCACUCCACUUAUAAUGUGUCUAAACUACUGAGCAAGAAGGUACCAAGGCAGCACACCAGUGAUGAACAGAAGGGAAGUCCUAAGGACUCUGAGGUUAUUGCUACAUCUACUAAUGAAGAUUAUGCCUGUAAUUGCAGCUCACAACCCCUCACGUCCUGCUUCUCCAGGCCAUCGCGGCCUCAAUCGCGCCAAGCCCAAUACAAGUGCCAGCUCCACCCAGACCCAACCGUCCCAGAAGACAAAGCGGGCCCUGCCUCUAAUUGAAGAGAAAUGUCAGUCCCUGCUAUCCUGUGUUCCUGUUUACCACCCAGAAGCCAUUUUGCUCCUGCGUUCACUAGAAAGGACUAUGGUCAGUAAUGAGUGCUUAACGUCCCACUCACAAGUUCCAAAAAAAAGACACUUAAUUUGGACUUGCAUUCCUCUUAUUAGCACUUAACUGUUUACCUGUGUGUGUUUUUUUAUGUGUACCUUUAUAUGGGCCCUAGUAGAGUAUACACAACCAAGAAUUAUUUAUUAAUGUUCUUGCAAAAUCAGUGCUAAAGACUUGAAAUAGUUUUAUUUAGGGGGGGAUUUUUUGAAAGGGAAUAUAUCCCUUAAUAUAUUGCCCCAAAGCUGCCUAAUAACCUGCUUAGUAGUGGUGUAACUAGUAAUUAGUGCUCUUUGUUGUUACGUCACUGCGGCACAGUUAUCAGUGGAAAGUAUGCUCCUUUAGGAACUCAGGCAACUGUAUUAUACUUGAAGGAAGUGGCCAUGUAUUCCUACUCCCUGCACUAGUUUACAAGCAGCGUUGAAAUAAAACAACGAUAAAAACAUGUUUAUUUUUAAAUCAUUCAGAGCAAAUAGUUUUCAAAUUCCUGUGGAGUGCUGGAGGGAGAUAUAUGGCCGCCUCUUCCAACGGCAUCAUGCUACACUGGUUGAACAAUCUCCAUCCUACUGCUCUGGGGUUUCCGGAUCCACUUUGGAUUAUCAAUAACUUUCCCCAGAAAUGAAUUGUAUUGCCAGACUAGCAUUGCAAGCCCACUUUUAACCCUUUA